AUGGAGGAUAGUGGUUGGCUCAAUAUUACCUCCACCUACAACAACAUUGUUUCAAAUUACAGCCUCAACAUAAUGGUACAAGGACGAAAGCUUGGAGAAGGUGAAUUCGGUGUCGUAUUGAAGGCCGAAGCGAAAUACAUUUUGGCAGGUCAACCGUCCACAACGGUUGCAGUAAAGAUGAUGCAGGGCUUUGGCGGCGAUUCGAUCCGGAAUUCAAUUAUAGCAGAGCUGAAAAUUAUUAUUUUGAUCGGCAGGCAUUUGAAUAUAGUCAAUUUAUUGGGAGCGGUCACCGAGAACAUUCGCGACGAUCAACUAAUGAUCAUCCUGGAGUACUGCCGAUACGGAAGUGUGCUGGAAUACAUGCGGAAGAACAGAUCGAACUUCUUCAAUUGCAAUUAUGAUAUAACGUCGGCUUCAUCGCAACAGUACUGGUUUAUCGGAGAGGAGGAUGAAGAGGAUAGGACGAAUUUCCAAACGAUGGAUCUGAUCUGUUGGUCGGCGCAAGUAGCAAAUGGAAUGAAGUACUUGGCAUCGAAGAACGUCUUCCACGGAGAUCUGGCCGCGCGCAACAUUUUGCUUUGCGAGAAAAAUGUCGUGAAAAUCAGCGACUUUGGUUUGGCGCGAGUAUUCAACCAUGGCACAUACUACAAGAAAACCAGCAAAGAUCGGGUUCCCUUCAAAUGGCUCUCCUUGGAGAGUAUGUCCAACCAGAAGUACAGCGUUCAGUCGGAUGUGUGGGCCUACGGUGUGUUGCUUUGGGAGCUGUUUUCCCUCGGGACGAAUCCGUAUCCGGGGGUCCCCGUGGACGAACACUUCUAUGACCUGCUGAAAGGGGGCUAUCGCAUGCCCAAACCACAAUACGCCAGUGAAGCCGUGUACAAUUUGAUGUUUUCUUGCUGGAAUGAAGAUCCCAACCUCAGACCAUCGUUUCCGAGGCUAUCCCAUGUAUUCCAUCAAAUGCUGCCCAACUCGAUGCGAAUAGUGAGUUUUGUCGAUCUGCAUCCUGUGGGACAGUUUAGCUAA